AGCAGAAAAAAGUACAUAUAUCUACGUAUUUCUCAUAUGGAAAUUUUACUAUGUCUACGUAAUUUUCUACUGGCCUACGACCUUUUCUAAAACUGAGUUGGCAACACUGAUUACAACCGUCAUCAUAGUGUCUUGCCUUCUCUCUCCUCCCCCUUUAUUUAGUUUGAAGAACGUGAAGUUGAAGUGAAUUUUCUUUGCUGUUUUGCACUUAAGAUUUCUUUUGUUUGAUUAUUAAUUGAGCUCUUAUUCAAAGUUUGUGGUUGUUACAACUUUGUUGUACUUACCCAGAUAUUCGUUAUUAAUACCAUUACUAUUAUUUGCAUCAAAUUUUACAGUAAUCCGAAAUAAAAGAGAAAUGGAUCCUAAACAUAAAACAGCAAUCCAGAAGUUCUAUCAUUCUUUAAUAAGACAGACUGACCUUCAUGUGAUGGUGUCUUCACUGUACGAAAAAGGAGUGUUUGCUGAGCACAUGAUAGAACCAUAUAAUAAUCGCAACAUUAGUGAUACAGUUCAUAAGCGCGCCUUCUACUUACAUCUGAUGCGAAGAGGACCGAAUGCCUUCAGACAUCUGAUUGACACGCUGUGGGAGAAUGGCUUGUGGAACUUGGCCAGAGAUUUGGAUCCUGAGGGGGAGUUCCACGGUCGCCCUCUGAAGGCAAAUAAUGACAGAUCUGGAAAUGACGAGGGCAGCUUCAUAAGUAUUAGCACUAAAAAAAAAGAGAAGGGAAAAUGUGAAGCGGAGACAAAAAAAAUUUCAGAAGCGCGAGCCCCUUCGCCGAAGCCGCUGCCGCCGCCGCCGCUCGAGCUGCCGCCGCAGAUCGACGCCCCGCCCUUUGACGUCAAGAAGUGUACAGAACCCGUUGUAGAUGAAGGCAAUGACAUAAAAAUGUACGACGUGCGCGGGGAGCCCCGCCAGCGCAUAAUGUUGAUCUACACGUACAUGAACUUCGACAACGACAUCGAGGCGCCGCGCCGGGGCGCCGACCGGGACUCCGACAACCUCAAGUACCUGUUCCACGAGCUCGGCUUCAGGGCUGUCUCCUUCUUAGACCUCAACAAAGAGGAAACGAUGGACAGCCUUCGCAACCUGCCCAGCACGCUGGAGGGCGCCAAGUGCGUGUUCGUGGUGGUGUCCUCGCACGGGUACGACCGGCACGGCUCCUCCGACAACGACUUCCGCUGCAGCGACGGCCGCCUCAUCUCCCUAUACGACUUCAUCGAGCACUUCAGCAAUAAGGCGCUGCCGCAGCUCAAGGGCGUGCCCAAGGUUUUCAUCUUCCAGACUUGCAGAGGCAAGAAAGAGCAGGAGUGGCCGCAUGCGCCGCCGCACGUGCGCAUGCCGGCGCGCGACUCGGGCGCGCGGCCGGCGCGGGCGCAGCGCUGCGAGCGCGACGGCGCGCCCCCGCCGGCGCAGCGCGCGCGCCCGCCCGGCCGGACCUACUCCGACAUACUCAUCGCGCACUCCACCGUGCCGGGUUUCGUGUCCAACCGCAUCCCUGAUGAAGGGUCGUGGUACAUCCAGACGCUGUGCCGCGUGUUCGCGGAGCACGCGCACCAGCGCCACGUGGAGGAGCUGCUGACGCUGGUGGACCGCCGCAUGGAGGCCACCUACCGCCUGCAGACCUCCUCCGUGGACAAGUGGGGCUUCAACAGCCGCCUCUACCUGCUGCCGGGGCUGCAGCAAUGACACGAUGUGCAGCGGCAUACUGUGUGCUCAAGUGUUGGAAAAAUAAUAUGAACAUUCUAGUUGAUAAUUGUCUAGGACUGCCAUUUUAUUUACAAUGUGAUAGUGAUAAAGUUUGGUGAAUUAUAUUUGUAUGCUAAGGUCUAUGAGAAGGCGAAUUAACGUAAGUUUUGAAGGUGACACAACGCAUCUUUUUGAGAUAAAUAUUGCGUUUAUGAUGUAUUAACGUUGAAGAGCGUCGAUGGUCGAAUCGGUAAGUUGCCCGGUUAAAAUGCGUAAUGCUCAGAAGGGCACAGGUUCAAAUCCUACUUUGGCAUUGUACCCAUGACUUUCGAAGUUAUGUAGGUUACAUUAGUUUACAAUACUAACUGAUGCUCUUACGGUGAGGGAAAACAUAGUUUCCAAACCUGCACAUUCAGGCACCUGGAUGUGUAACCAUGAUCAAUCCAAAACGGGUUAGGUACCUGCAAAGGUUGCGGAGUUCAGAUGGAAGUUGCUUCGUGUAAAAACCACCCAAUCCAGGAUCCUUGGCUUUGCCAUUCCCCAGGCUCCUCUCAAAAGUGGUGAGGAUGCAACCGGGACUAAAGCCAGAAGGACGAAUGCGUUGCAUCAUAAACGGAAUGGAUUUUAAGAAUCUCUAACAUGACGGUAAAAAUAUUCACUAUAAAAAUUCAAGUGUGUUCAACUUUUUGUCAAUUCGAGUAAACUUAAAUAGCGUAACUGAAUAUUUUAUUGGUGCUCUAAAAGUAGUAAUAUUUGCAUUUAUAACGAAUUGUCUCACGUCAUCUGCAUUUUUAAUCUUAUCUGUUUGUUUUUAAAGCAGAUUGUGGGUUAACGUGAUUUUGACCUCAGUUUUACAUGAGUCACUUCCCUGUCAAGCAUUUAUUUUUCUAAAUGUACUUUUUUAAGUACAUAAUUUACCAUAGUAAGGUUCUUCUUAGCGAUUAACUAAAAUUAGAUUGUAAGCGUACAAUAUUAUCUAAUUUAAAUGUAUUACUAAACGCCAAAUAGGUUGUUAUAAUGUGAUUGCUCAGAUUUGCUAUAAUUUUACAGCAAUAUAUAUUAAUAUAUACAACUUUUUAAUAAAAA